AUGAGCUUGAAGGACUGCAUCAACUACAUACAGCCCAGUGUCUACAGGGAUGGGGAUCUGGUGCUCAGGGGCUUUUUCCCUCUCUACACGCUGAAACACGACUCAGAAGCACAGUGGACAUUUUUUGUGACCAGUCCAAGACAAAAUGUGACAUUUUACCUGCUGGACUUCGAAAAUUAUGGUUAUGUUCUGAUAUUCCUUUUUGCCAUUGAAGAGAUUAACAGGAGUCCCCUCAUACUCCCCAACAUAUCCCUGGGUUUCCAGCUCUACAAUGCCUUUCCUAGUGUUUUCAGAACUCUGGAGAGUGUCCUUGGAUGGCUGUCAGAAAUGGAGCCCCCCAUCCCUAACUACACCUGUGGGACACACACCAAGAACAUGGCAGUCAUUGCAGGAAUCCCCUCUGACUUCUUGGAGCAAGCUGGGGCACUGCUGGAGCUCUACAGGACGCCACAGCUCCACCCAUUCAUAAUGAACGCUCGGCUGGAAAACAGUGCUGGGGAGCAUGUCUCCCUGAAUGAGAACCGAAACUGUGUGUCACGAUAUGAGAUUCUGAACCUUCUGCAUUUUCCUGGUGGUCUUGGCCUUCCCGUGAAAGUCGGAGAGUUCAUCCCCCAGGAUCCACGUGGACAAGGUUUGAUGAUCCAGGAGGAGUUGAUAAAAUGGGCUUUCGGAUUCACAGAGACUCCUCACUCUGUGUGUAGCAAGAGCUGUGGCCCAGGAUUCAUGAAAAUCACUCAGAAAUGGAAGCCCAUUUGUUGUUUUGAUUGUAUUUCAUGUCCAGAGGGAGAAAUAUCUAAUCAAACAGAUAGUGAUACAUGUACGGAGUGCCCUCAAAGUCAGUAUGCCAACAUUGAGAGGAACCGUUGUCUGCCCAAACUUGCGGACUUCCUGGCUUAUGAAGAUCCCUUGGGGAUGGCUCUGGCCUGUGCAGCUCUGGGCUUCUCUGUCAUCACUGCAGGGGUCUUGUGGGUCUUUGUGAAGCAUCGAGACUCCCCCAUAGUCAAGGCCAACAACCGGGCCCUCAGCUAUGUCCUGCUCCUCUCCCUCCUCCUCUGCUUCCUCUGCUCCUUACUCUUCAUUGGCCGUCCCAACACAGCCACCUGCAUCCUCCGGCAAAUCACCUUUGGAGUUGUGUUCACUGUGGCCGUUUCCACUGUUUUGGCCAAAACCCUGACUGUGAGCCUGGCAUUCAAGGCCUUGACACCCGGAAGAACCAUGAGGCGGUUGCUGCUGUCUGGGGCUUCUAAUGCUGUGGUUCCCAUCUGCUCCUUGAUCCAACUGAUUACCUGUGGAGUCUGGCUGGGAACCUCUCCCCCUUUUGUGGACACAGACACACACUCAGAGCCCAGAAACAUCAUCAUUGUGUGCAACAAGGGUUCAGCCACUGCUUUCUACUGUGUCCUGGGAUUCCUGGGCUUCUUGGCACUGGGAACAUUUUUCUUGGCUUACCAGGCCAGGAAACUGCCUGACACCUUCAAUGAGGCCAAGUUCCUGACCUUCAGCAUGGUGGUGUUCUGCAGUGUCUGGGUGACCUCUCCUGUCUACCACAGCACCCAGGGGAAGCUCAUGGUGGCUGUGGAGGUCUUCUCCAUCUUAGCCUGCAGUGUGGGGCUUCUAGGAUGCAGCUUUGCCCCAAAGUGCUAUGUCAUCUUCCUACAUCCGGAUAGGAACACCUCAAAAGGGUUAAGAAAUAAAACAUGCUUUCAGGAAAAGUGA